UUUUUUUUUUCCUUUCUUUCUUUAUAUUCCCAAUUCUUCAAAAUAAUCUAAAGUGUAUUCAAGAUAUCAUUCAUUAGUUUUUUUCUAUCCCAUUGGACCAUGCCUAUAGCAACACCAGUGAUAGCAUCUGAUACCAACGAGGAUGCAAGAAGCACUAGUAGCACUCUUGUUAAUGGUGAAAUAAAUAAUAGAAAUGAACCAGAUACAACAACUUCUGACGAACAACCACAAGAUAACAACAAUUCUACAAUACGUCAUGGUUUUGAUCAAGAAAUAUUUGAAGAAGAUAUUAUUCGGUUUUUAUAUUAUUCUGAAAAACGACAUGAUACCAAUGCAAAACCUCACCCUAUUGGUCGUAAUACUUUACUUGACUGGCGAUUACGUGAAAGAAUCAAAACUGUCUCGGGUUUACUUGUGAUAUGUCUGAACAUUGGUACGGAUCCUCCUGAUAUUGUUAAAACGAAUCCAUGUGCAAAAUUAGAAUGUUGGAUUGAUCCUUUUCUUGUUAUACCUCAAAAGUCUUUGGAAACUAUUGGAAAAAAUCUACAUACUCAAUAUGAAAAUAUCAAUAGUCGUACUCGAUUUAAACUCUCAUUGGAUCCAUCUGUGGAAGAAACAAAAAAGUUAUGUUGUCAAACUCGAAGAAAUGCCAAAGAAGAACGUAUUUUAUUCCAUUACAAUGGACAUGGUGUACCAAAACCUACUUCAAGUGGUGAAAUAUGGGUUUUCAAUCGAAACUAUACUCAAUACAUACCUGUUUCCUUAUUUGAUUUACAAUCUUGGCUUGGUUCUCCUGUUAUUUAUGUUUGGGAUUGCUCCUCUGCUGGGAAUAUUGUGAACGCUUUCAAUCGAUUUGCUGAACAACGAGAUAAUGAAGCAUUACGUGCAUCACAACAACAUCAAGGAACAUUAUCAUCAUCGUGGAGGGAUAGUAUUCAACUAGCUGCUUGUGGACCAACUGAAACUUUACCUAUGAGUCCUGAUUUACCUGCCGAUGUAUUUACUUCUUGUUUGACGACUCCUAUUGAAAUGUCUUUACGAUGGGUCAUCAUGCGAAAUCCUUUACUAACAACAAACAUUACUAUGGACAUGGUAUUACGAUUACCUGGUUGCGCAAAAGAACGAAGAACACCACUUGGCGAAUUGAAUUGGAUAUUUACUGCUGUUACUGAUACCAUUGCUUGGUGUGUUUUACAAGGUCAACCUGAACUUUUCAAACGACUUUUUCGACAAGAUCUUAUGGUAGCCUCUAUGUUUAGAAAUUUUUUACUGGCAGAACGAAUCAUGCGAUCUUAUCAAUGCACUCCCAUGUCGACUCCAAAAUUACCUGAUACACAUGAUCACCCAAUGUGGCAAGCCUGGGACCUAGCUGUGGACAUGUGUCUUUUCCAAUUACCUGCUCUCCUUGCUGCCGAAAAUGGUGGAACUCCUUAUCAAUAUCAACCAAGUAACUUCUUCGCGGAACAACUCACAGCAUUUGAAGUUUGGCUCUCUGAAGGUGCAGUGAAUCCAAAGAUACCCGAACAACUUCCUAUCGUUUUACAAGUGCUUCUCAGUCAAGUUCAUCGUCUUCGAGCAUUGAUUUUACUUAGUCGCUUCUUGGAUUUGGGACCGUGGGCUGUCAAUGCAGCUUUAUCUGUUGGUAUCUUCCCUUAUGUACUCAAACUUUUGCAAAGUCCUGCGGCAGAAUUGAAGCCUGUACUUGUAUUUAUUUGGGCUCGUAUUCUGGCAGUGGAUCGAUCUUGUCAAAAUGAUUUACUAAAGGAUCAUGGUUAUGCAUAUUUUAUCAACAUUCUUACACCAAACAAUGCAAUGCUUAGUAUUCCUCAUGUAUCAGAACAUCGUGCUAUGAGUGCUUUUAUACUUUCGGUCUUUUGUACAAACUUCAAGAUGGGACAACAGGCAUGCUUACGGGGUAAUGUCAUCACAGCUUGUCUGGCACAUGUCAAGGAUCCAGAUCCACUAUUACGACAAUGGGUAUGUCUCUGUUUGGCUCAAGUAUGGAUGAACAACAGUGAAGCAAAGCAAGCAGCAAUAGCGGAAAAUGGACAUGAAAAAUUAUGUGCACUUCUUAAUGAUAGUGUACCUGAAGUACGUGCUUCGGUGAUGUAUGCACUUGGUACUUUUCUUGGUGAUGCCAACAAAACAGAACAAAUGAUGAAUAUUGAACACAACAUAGCUAUUGCAUCUCUGGUGGCCAUGUCGGAUGGAUCUCCUGUGGUACGAAAAGAAUUUGUUGUUGCCUUAUCUCAUAUUGUACAUCAAGCAGGUUCUAGUAAAUUUUUGGUGGCAGCCAGUCAAACAAUUGAUGAAGAUCAACAAACUCAACGAUCAAUUAACAAUAUCAACACAGGGAAUGGAUUAUCAACAAUGAAUGGAAAAAUGAAAUCACGACCCAACCAUCGACAAUUAUCAACCAUUUUAGCUGAAUGGCGCGCGAAUAAGGAAUCUCAUUCUGGUUCAACAAGUUACGAUUCUGUUUAUGCUGUGAUUUGGAAGGCUUUAUUGAAUUUAUCAGUAGAUCCUCAUCCCGAUGUGGCGAAGGCUGCUGCCAUUGUGGUCGAUCAUAUCAAUGCUAUGUUAUUGGAUACUCCUUCAGUUGGUGAAUACGUGACAUCUGUGAUUCGUGAAUCUCUACAAUACCAAGCAAGUUUGGACCCAUCCAUCCUGUCAAAGAGUAAUUUGGACAGUAACAACAAUUCACCAUCUGUUUAUCAUUUGAACGAACCAUCAUCAUCAUCAGCAACAACAGAAGUAACAGCAGCAAGUCGACCUGCCAAAUUGACACGAUCAGUAUCCUUUGCUUCAACACUUCGAACUAUUUACAAUUUUGGAAAUACUUCACCCUUAAAUCCUUCAGAACCAUCCAAUAUAGAUAAUGACUCACCAUUAGUAUCAACGGCUCAUCGACCCGAUCCUAGAUCAUCCACAACAAUAACAUCGGCAAAUACAACUACUUCCAAUCAUGCUAGUAACCUGAAUAAUGGAGCAUCGAAUAAUAGAAAUAAUGAGUCAACAUCAUUUUCCAACAACAAUGACAAUGUUUUACCGGUAUCAUCAGAAUUUUAUGAUUGGAGUUGUGAAUAUUUUACAGAACCUCAAAUGCGGGCUGCUGAAUCGGAUGAACCUGGUAGCGUAGUAUAUACCCAACGAAAAUGGCGUCGUAGUCGUAAUGAAAAGAUCCUCUUAGAAUCGAAUUCUACCAAGGCAAUGGCAGGAACCAGCCGAUGGGAAGAUCAGAUUAUCUCGGUACAUAAUGAAACUGAAGCAACUAAACUUUUAUUUCAUCAAUAUGAACCUCAUCUUGUGGCGGCUGAUGCAUACAAUUGUUUAGUAGUAUGGGAUUGGAAAACAGGUGCUCCUCUUAGUGUAAUUGAUAAUCACAAUCCCUCACAAAGUCGUAUUACUGAUAUGAAGUUCAUUAAUGAAGACGACGUUGCUCUGUUAUUGACUGGAUCAGAUGAUGGUGUCAUUCGAUUGUACAAAAACUAUGAUGGGAGUGAACAAGAAGAAGCGAUUUUGGUUAGUUCAUGGCGUGCACUGAAGGAUAUGGAAAAGAGCAAUUCUAGGCAAAGUGGACUUGUUUGUGAAUGGCAUCAAGGAAGAGGAGCUCUUUUUACAGGAGGUGAUGCACGUGUGAUUAAGGUUUGGGAUGCUCAUCAAGAAAUGUCAGUCAUGGAUAUUGCUACUCAAUCUGAUGGAUGUGUAACAAGUAUUACUAGUGAUCAAACCAGUGGUAAUAUCUUGAUAGCUGGAUUUGGUGAUGGGCUGAUCGGAGUAUACGAUCGACGUUUGAAGAAUUCUUCUUCUAUGGUACAACGAUGGGAUGAACACAAUGCUUGGGUGACUGGUGUCCAUUUACAGCGUGAUGGAAAUAGGGAAUUAGUAUCUGGUGGAUUUGGAGGUGAUAUCAAGAUUUGGGAUAUUCGACAAACGCAUUCUAUUCGAACCAUUGAAGCUCAUACUCAUGCAGACAUGACUUCAUUGGCAGUGCAUGACCAUAGUCAAGUUAUAGUUAGUGCGGGUGAUGAUCAAGUUAUCAAGUUUUGGAAUGUAGAUGGAACUAGAUUAUCAACUCUACGACCUUCAACAGGAUUUUUAGGACAAAAGAGUUCUUUUACUCGUGCAUUAACUUUCCAUCCAAAUCUAAUGGUUGUGGCUGCCAGUAGUGAUGAUGGUUACAUUACGUUAUAUGGUACUCAAUAAAAUAUUUUAUUCAUCCUUUCACUGUAUUUUUUUUUCCCCAUUUAUAGUGCUUAUUAUUAUUAUUAUUAUUAUUAUUAUUAUUAUUAUUAUUAUUAUUAUU